AGUCUGCUUGCUGCCAGCGCUUGCUACUCCUGCCAGGGAUGACAUUCAAGAUACAGCACUGGUCCCUCAUUAUGUAAGGCAGUAUAGGUCAAGUAUAGGAGAGAUUCUACUGACCUGAACAAGCUAGUUGGAUUCCUGCUUCAAGCUUUAAUGCUACAUGGGGGCAUGGACAUUGGAUUAUGACCUUUUGCUGCAUCUACUUGGCUAUUUGCUGAUUUGUAUUAGGUACCAUAGAGUGAGCCUUAGAACAGGAAGCCGAGGCUGAAGCAGAAAGGAUACUGCAGAGGUCUCUCCCUCCCUCUCUCACCUCCCCCCCCCCCCCAUUGAAAAUGCAGCAGUUUUGAAUACUUGGAAAAUUUUCAGAACUGGCAAUCGGAAGAGCUGGGUUAGAUGGCAGUUCAAUACACGGCUGACGUUUCGGGAUCCUUUCCUUUCACACGAUAUAUUUGAUAAUGCUUACUAAUUACCAGUACUUCCUUAUGCAGGAGAAUAAAUGGUAAUUAAAAUGUGCAGGAUGAAAAGAUGGAGCAGCCAGUGCUUGUACCACCAGGACCUGACAGCAUUCGCUACUUCACCAGAGAGUCUCUUGCAGCUAUUGAACAACGCAUUGCUGCAGAAAAGGCUAAGCAGUCCAAACAAGACCGUAAAGACACUGACGACGAAAAUGGCCCCAAACCAAGCAGUGACUUGGAGGCAGGCAAAUCACUGCCCUUUAUUUAUGGAGACAUCCCUCCAAAAAUGGUGGCUGAACCCUUGGAGGACCUGGACCCCUUUUACGUCAAUCAAAAAACUUUUAUAGUAUUGAAUAAAGGGAAGGCAAUUUUCCGAUUCAGUGCCACUCCCGCCCUAUACAUUUUAACGCCUUUCAACCCUCUUCGAAAAAUAUCUAUUAAGAUUUUGGUACAUUCAUUAUUCAGCAUGCUCAUUAUGUGCACUAUUUUGACCAAUUGCGUAUUUAUGACCCUAAGUAAUCCUCCAGAAUGGACAAAGAAUGUAGAGUAUACGUUCACAGGAAUAUAUACAUUCGAGUCACUUAUAAAAAUAUUUGCAAGGGGCUUUUGUAUAGAUGGUUUUACCUUUCUCCGAGAUCCCUGGAACUGGCUUGAUUUUACUGUCAUUACAUUUGCGUAUAUAACAGAAUUUGUAAACCUAGGCAAUGUUUCAGCUCUUCGAACUUUCAGAGUAUUGAGAGCUUUGAAAACUAUUUCUGUAAUCCCAGGCCUGAAGACCAUUGUGGGAGCUCUCAUUCAGUCCGUGAAGAAGCUCUCGGAUGUAAUGAUCCUGACUGUGUUUUGUCUGAGUGUAUUUGCUCUCAUAGGGCUUCAGCUAUUCAUGGGCAACCUGAGACAUAAAUGCUUGUACUGGACUCCUGACAAUUCUACUUCAAAUGACACUUAUCUGUUUAAUAGCACAAUGGGAGAAAAUGAUACGUUUAAUGGUACAGUAUUUGACUGGGAUGCGUACUUACAGAAUGAUGAUAAUUUUUACUUUUUGGAAGGACAAAAUGAUGCUUUGCUUUGUGGAAAUAGUUCAGAUGCAGGUCAAUGUCCAGAAGGUUAUAUAUGUAUAAAAGCUGGUAGAAACCCCAACUAUGGCUACACAAGCUUUGACAGUUUUAGCUGGGCGUUCUUAUCUCUCUUUCGGUUGAUGACGCAGGACUUCUGGGAAAAUCUUUAUCAGCUGACCUUGCGAGCGGCUGGCAAAACCUACAUGAUCUUUUUUGUUCUGGUGAUUUUCCUGGGCUCUUUCUAUCUGAUCAACUUGAUCCUGGCUGUUGUCGCCAUGGCCUAUGAUGAACAAAAUCAAGCCACACUGGAAGAAGCGGAGCAGAAAGAGGCCGAGUUUCAGCAGAUGCUGGAGCAGCUGAAAAAACAACAGGAAGCAGCUCAGGCAGCGGCAAUUGCAGCAGCAACAGCAUCAGCUGAGUCAAGAGAUCCCAGUGCAGGGGGUGGAGUAGAAGGCCUUUCUGAAAGUUCCUCUGAAGCAUCCAAGUUGAGCUCAAAGAGUGCUAAAGAGAGGAGAAAUAGAAGGAAGAAGAGAAAACAGAAAGAACAAUCUGGAGGAGAAGAAAAGGAUGAAGAUGAAUUUCAUGGUUCUGAAUCAGAAGACAGCAUUAGGAGAAAAGGUUGCCGAUUCUCCAUUGAAGGCAAUAGGCUAACACUUGAGCGGAAACACUCUUCUCCCCACCAGUCUUUGCUCAGCAUGCGCGGCUCCCUGUUUUCCCCAAGGCGCAACAGCAGAACGAGCCUUUUCAGCUUCAGAGGUAGAGCAAAGGAUAUAGGAUCAGAGAAUGACUUUGCUGAUGAUGAACACAGCACAUUUGAAGAUAAUGAUAGCAGAAGAGAUUCAGCACUAACAAUGAGUCAGGCCAGUAGGUCAUCCAGGAUGCUGGCAGUGUUUCCAGUGAAUGGGAAGAUGCACAGCACUGUGGAUUGCAAUGGGGUGGUUUCCUUGGUUGGUGGACCAUCUGUUCCUACAUCGCCUGUUGGACAGCUUCUGCCAGAGGUGAUAAUAGAUAAACCAGCUACUGAUGACAAUGCCACGACCACGGAGACAGAUAUGAAAAAGAGAAGAUCGAAUUCUUUUCAUGUUUCUAUGGAUUUUUUGGAAGACCCUACUCUAAGGGAAAGAGCAAUGAGUAUAGCUAGCAUUAUCACAAACACCAUGGAAGAACUUGAAGAGUCACGACAGAAAUGCCCACCUUGGUGGUACAAAUUUGCAAACAUUUUCUUGAUCUGGGACUGCUCACCGUAUUGGUUGAAAAUAAAGCAUGUUGUUAACAUAGUUGUGAUGGAUCCAUUUGUUGAUCUUGGUAUUACUAUUUGCAUUGUUUUAAAUACACUGUUUAUGGCGAUGGAACAUUACCCGAUGACCCCAGAGUUUAAUCACGUGCUUUCAGUUGGAAACCUGGUGUUCACUGGAAUCUUCACAGGAGAAAUGUUUCUCAAACUAGUAGCCAUGGACCCUUAUUAUUACUUCCAAGAAGGCUGGAACAUUUUUGAUGGUUUUAUUGUAACCCUUAGUUUGGUUGAGCUCGGUCUUGCGGACGUGGAAGGACUGUCAGUUCUUCGGUCUUUCAGAUUGUUGCGAGUUUUCAAGUUGGCUAAAUCCUGGCCGACCCUAAAUAUGCUGAUCAAGAUCAUUGGCAACUCAGUUGGAGCUCUGGGAAAUCUAACCUUGGUCUUGGCCAUCAUCGUCUUCAUCUUUGCUGUGGUUGGGAUGCAGCUAUUCGGCAAAAGCUACAAAGACUGCGUCUGCAAGAUCGCUAACGACUGUGAACUUCCACGCUGGCACAUGAACGACUUUUUCCACUCUUUCUUGAUUGUCUUCCGAGUACUUUGUGGAGAAUGGAUAGAGACCAUGUGGGAUUGUAUGGAAGUUGCAGGACAAGCCAUGUGCCUUACGGUCUUCAUGAUGGUUAUGGUGAUUGGAAAUUUGGUGGUACUGAAUCUAUUUUUGGCCUUGUUACUGAGCUCGUUCAGUGCCGACAACCUAGCUGUCACAGAUGAUGACAACGAAAUGAACAAUCUCCAGAUUGCCGUGGCGAGAAUAGACAAAGGGGUAGACUACGUGAAACGGAAAAUCCGCGAAUUCAUCCAGAGGUCCUUCGUUAAGAAGCAGAAGGCUUUGGAUGAGAUCAAACCUCUUGAGGAAUUGAACAAUAAGAACAGUUGUGUUUUGAACCACACCAUGGAAAUUGGAAAAGAUUUCGAUUACCUUAAGGAUGGAAAUGGAACCACGAGUGGCAUCGGCACGGGUAGUAGCGUGGAAAAAUAUAUCAUUGAUGAAAGCGAUUACAUGUCCUUUAUAAACAACCCAAGCUUGACUGUGACUGUUCCGAUUGCUGUUGGAGAGUCAGAUUUUGAAAAUUUAAAUACUGAGGAGUUUAGUAGCGAAUCGGAUUUGGAAGAGAGCAAGGAGAAACUAAAUUCUUCUAGCUCAUCUUCUGAAGGUAGCACAGUUGAUAUUGGACUUCCUGCAGAAGAGCAACCAGAAGUUGAAGCUGAGGAAGCACAAGAGCCUGAAGCCUGUUUUACAGAAGGUUGCGUACGAAAAUUCAAGUGUUGUCAAGUUAGUGUAGAAGAUGGAAGAGGAAAACAGUGGUGGAAUCUCAGAAAAACCUGCUUCCGAAUAGUGGAACAUAACUGGUUUGAAACCUUCAUUGUCUUUAUGAUUCUUCUUAGCAGUGGUGCUCUGGCAUUUGAAGACGUAUAUAUUGAACAACGGAAGACAAUCAAGACCAUGCUAGAGUAUGCUGACAAAGUCUUCACGUACAUCUUCAUUCUAGAAAUGCUUCUGAAGUGGGUGGCAUAUGGUUAUCAGACCUACUUUACUAAUGCCUGGUGUUGGCUGGACUUCUUGAUUGUUGAUGUUUCUUUGGUUAGCUUAACAGCUAAUGCACUGGGCUAUUCAGAACUGGGUGCCAUUAAGUCCCUCCGGACACUGAGAGCUUUGAGACCUUUACGAGCUUUGUCAAGAUUUGAAGGGAUGAGGGUGGUUGUGAAUGCCCUUUUAGGAGCAAUUCCAUCCAUCAUGAACGUGCUUCUCGUUUGUCUUAUAUUCUGGCUAAUUUUCAGCAUCAUGGGCGUAAAUCUGUUUGCUGGCAAGUUCUACUACUGUGUUAAUACAACAACAGAUGAAAGGUUCCUUCCUUCGGAAGUCUUCAAUUACACCCAGUGUAAAGCACUUAUAGAGAGCAAUGAAACAGCCCGAUGGAAAAAUGUGAAAGUUAACUUUGAUAAUGUAGGCUUUGGAUAUCUUUCUUUACUGCAAGUAGCUACGUUUAAAGGAUGGAUGGAUAUUAUGUAUGCAGCAGUUGACUCAAAAAAUGUAGAACAGCAACCUGAUUAUGAGGUCAAUCUUUACAUGUAUCUUUACUUUGUCAUCUUCAUAAUAUUUGGUUCUUUCUUCACCCUGAAUCUGUUUAUUGGUGUAAUCAUUGAUAACUUCAAUCAGCAAAAAAAGAAGUUUGGAGGUCAAGAUAUCUUUAUGACAGAAGAACAGAAAAAGUACUACAAUGCAAUGAAAAAGUUGGGAUCAAAAAAGCCACAAAAACCUAUACCUAGACCAGGGAACAAAUUUCAAGGCGUGGUCUUUGAUUUUGUGACCAGACAAGUUUUUGACAUCACCAUCAUGAUCCUUAUCUGCCUUAAUAUGGUCACCAUGAUGGUAGAAACAGAUGACCAAAGUGAUGAAAUGGAAAACAUUUUAUAUCGCAUUAACCUGAUAUUUAUUGUCAUGUUUACUGGGGAAUGCGUCCUAAAACUGAUUUCCUUGCGCUACUAUUAUUUCACCAUUGGAUGGAACAUUUUUGAUUUUGUGGUUGUUAUCCUCUCCAUUGUGGGUAUGUUUCUAGCAGAGAUUAUUGAAAAAUACUUUGUGUCUCCCACUUUGUUCCGAGUUAUCCGACUUGCCAGGAUAGGUCGAAUCCUGCGGCUAAUCAAGGGUGCUAAAGGGAUCCGCACUCUGCUUUUCGCCUUGAUGAUGUCUCUUCCUGCCUUGUUUAACAUUGGCCUCCUGCUUUUCCUUGUCAUGUUCAUCUAUGCUAUAUUUGGAAUGUCCAACUUUGCCUACGUCAAGAGAGAAGUUGGGAUUGAUGACAUGUUCAACUUUGAAACUUUUGGCAACAGCAUGAUCUGCCUCUUCAUGAUUACCACCUCUGCUGGCUGGGAUGGUUUGCUAGCACCCAUGCUCAACAGUGGGGAGCCAGACUGUGACCCCAAUUUGCCUCACCCAGGAAGUUCAGUCAAAGGAAACUGUGGAAACCCCUCUGUCGGGAUUUUCUUCUUUGUGAGCUACAUUAUCAUAUCCUUCCUAGUUGUUGUAAACAUGUACAUUGCUGUUAUUCUGGAGAACUUUGGUGUAGCAACUGAAGAGAGUAGUGAGCCUCUGAGCGAGGAUGAUUUUGAGAUGUUCUAUGAAGUCUGGGAAAAGUUUGAUCCUGAUGCAACUCAGUUCAUGGAAUUUGAAAAACUAUCUGAGUUUGCAGCUGCUCUGGACCCUCCUCUUAAUUUACCUAAACCAAAUAAAGUACAGCUUAUUGCAAUGGAUCUCCCCAUGGUAAGUGGUGAUCGGAUUCACUGCCUUGACAUCUUAUUUGCUUUUACGAAACGUGUACUGGGGGAGAGCGGAGAGAUGGAUGCUCUUCGCAUACAGAUGGAAGACCGUUUCAUGCAGUCCAAUCCUUCCAAAGCUUCCUACGAGCCCAUCACGACAACCUUAAAACGAAAGCAAGAGGAGUUAUCUGCUAUCAUUAUUCAGCGGGCAUACAGGCGAUACCGUCUCAGACGAACAGUCACCCAAGCUUCCUUUGCAUACAAAAACAAAAUUGAAGGAGGUGCCGGCCAACGUCUCAAAGAUGAAAUUCUCAUUGACAAGUUAAAUGAAAACUCAUACACGGAAAAAACAGACCUGACCAUGUCCACAGCAAUGUGCCCGCCAUCCUAUGACCGCGUAACCAAACCCAUUGAAGAAAAGCACGAAAAGGAAGACAAAGAUUUGCCGAAGAAGAAGUAAAAUCUGCAUUAACAAUCCUGAAUGAGUGACAAAUUGUUUACAGCCUGUGUGAGUAACAUAGUUGUGUCUAAAGGACUCCUCUAGGGAGGUGUAUGCCAAACUGACAGUUUUUACAAAUAUACUGUAUUCUUAAGGUCAGUGCCUAUAACAAGACAGCAGCCCCUCGUCAUCCAAAUGUGACUAUAAAAUGAGGAAAGAAUGACAGGAGGCUACUGUUUUUAUUACCAGCUGACACUGCUGAAGAGGAGAGGAAAAAUGGCUACUCAGACUGUAGGGACCAGUCCAAAGGGUUGAAACCAAUAUUUUUUGUGUGUCAAACAUAAAAACACUUAUUAUACAGUCAGUGUAUCCACUGUUUGCAUUUCAACUGCCACAUUUGUCAUCUUUUUACAAAAACAAAAUCUGUGUUGGUGGAUUCAUCUCUCUUCCCCCACCCCCCUCCUUUUUAUUCACACAUUGUGACUAUUUUUGUAAAUGGGGUUUAUGUUGGGGAUGGGAUUCAGUACUAAUGGUACCAGUACGAGGACCAGAUGUUCUAUUAUACGAAUCUCAGAUAUGCACACCAAAAUGAUUUGCAUGGAGGCAUGUUGCACUUAUAGAUCAUGCAUGGGGAGAAAAAACAAACAAAAAAGCAUUACGUCACAAAGCGCAACAGGUUUUUAAUAACUCUGUUACCGUGAGGGAAUACUCAGUUUCGAGGUGCUUUAAUAAAUGUCUUCAUGUUGUGUCCAUCCAGGGAAGUCUUUAAAUGCCUGUAAAGUUCCCCAGUAACCCAAAUAAGCAAAGCAGAUGGAUUCUUUUGCACUGACUGUGAAAUCUCAGCAAAAGUGGGAGUCCAGAGUCGAUGGGUUUAUGUCACAUUUCUUUCCAUUUUCUCCCCCUGUACAGUGUACUUCAAUCAAUUGGCCCUUAAAAGUCUGAACUGACCAAAACAAAAAACAAAAACAAACACCCUUUCUAGAUUUGUUCUGCUUCCUCCUGCAGUAUCGUUUAGCCAUCUUCAGCUCCCUGCAAGGUUGCCAACGUCUGUGUUUUCACGAAGAGCUCUCUGUUGUGUAAAUAGCAGUUUUACCUGUGGUGCACGUUUGAGCAAAUGAAUAACGAUCCCGAGCACAUUUAUUGCAUCAAAUAUGUACCACAAAUAGGUUUAGUGUGCAAGCUUUCAGCAGAUAAAAAAAUGAUGUAUUCUCUGCCAUAGAUAGUUUGGAUCCUAUCGAUGCAUGUUUAUAUUGCGUACGCUGCACUUCCUUCAGCUGUCCAGAAUCUUAAAUAUGGGAAGCCAUAUGUCAAGAGGAAAAGCGAAAAAAAUGUUCAACAAGACCUCAUUCCCUCAUAUCAUUAAGCAAUAUUUGCAGCUUUCUUGAAAGAUUUUUGUUUGACUUUUUUGGUUAAGUUUUAAGAAAAUAUAAAUCUGAUGUAUAGCCAGACUGUACAGACAUGUUGCAAACUGCUACACCUGUUGAAAAUAAUGUGGUUAGAAUUUUAUAAGCCAAUAUAAAUAUUGUAAAAAUCAUGUUAUUUUAUUUUUGAGCAUUUAUGUACAUAAGAAAAUGAAUUUUAUCUUUCGGCUGCAGCCUUUUUUUUGGUUCUUUUUUGUCCAUAAGCACUUUUUCACGGAAGAACUUCAGAAAAUAAGAAAUGAAGAAGAGACGGGUAAUUGUAGCUUCCUGCUUUUUAAAUUGUAUUUGCAAAAACAUGUUCAGGGUGCAAUAAUUCAAUCAUUUGUGAAGGAAAAAUUCACAGUUUGCUUGCUUCCAGCUGUUCUCUGAUGUUGGAAGAAAAUGUAAUGUUUUGUUGAAAUUUCUUGCAGUGCCUGCAUCAGCAACAGUAGCCUUAUUUUUCUUUUGCAGAAUUAUGCUCUUUUUCCCAGUUUUAUUUAGGCAGACUGUGUUUAUUCUUUUACCUCACACUUUAUUUAUAAUUGUUAAUAAUGUAUCUUUGGUCCAAAGUGUUUUUUUCACAGGAAAAAAAAAUAGCAAAACAAUAUAACCAAACACAUCAGGACAUUUUCUGUUUCUUACAUGGGAUAUGUUAAAUAUAGAUUUUUUUCCCCUCCAUAAAUUAUCAAUCUAUGCUGUAUUGGUGAACUGCAUGCAGGAAAUGCUACUAAUAUCCUAAACAAUGAUAUACAACAUUACUAAUGUGCAAAAAUAAUAAAGGUUAAUUUUUUAUUGUAA